UAGCAAGAGGAGAGAGGCGAUGUCCCGGCAGGGCCUUGGGGCCAGUUCCUCAACAAAGGAGCUGCUCAUGGCUCACUACCAGGUGUUGAGGACCAUCCGUGAGGAGGGCUUUGCCCCCAUCAAGUUGGCCAGGCACCUGCCCACGGACACCCUGGUGGCUGUGAAAAUCCUGCACCAGAGGGACAGAGACUUCUUUGCUGUGGAAGUGGACAUCCUAAAGUCUGUGGACCACCAGAACAUCGUCAAGCUGUAUGAGGUGAUAGAGACAAAGGAGCGGCUGUACUUGGUGAUGGAGUACCUAGACAUAGGAGACCUAGUGGACCACCUGCAAAAGGUGGACAGGAUGGAGGAGGAGGCGGCCAGGCCUUUGUUUUGGCAGAUUUUGAGAGGGGUCAAAUACUGCCAUGACAAUGGCAUUGCUCACAGGGACCUCAAGGCAGAAAAUAUCCUGCUGGACAGCAGAGGCACAGCCAAGCUCUGUGACUUCGGGCUGAGCACACGCUUCUCGCCAGGGGAGGAGCUGUACCGGGAGUGUGGGACUCUGGCCUAUUUGGCCCCUGAAAUGCUCAAGCACCAGAGAUACCAGGGCCCCAAGGUGGAUGUCUGGAGCCUGGGUGUGCUGCUCUACUACAUGGUGAUGGGCGAUGUGCCCUAUAAAGGCAGGUCAUGGGUAGUACUAAAAGCACAAGUACUAGCAGGAAAAUUUAAAAUACGAAAAUGUUUUUCCCCUGAACUUCGAGGGCUUUUGGCGUAUAUGAUGACAGCCAAUCCUAAUCAGAGACCAUCAGUUUGGCAAGUGAUGCGCCAUCCCUGGUUCAGACACCAUGAGGCAACCUUACCAAGUGCCAGUCAGACAGUUCAGAAGCAGCCAGACCCUGCCAUCCUGCAGAUAAUGUCCACAUACCUGGGAUUUGCCCCAGGGGAGGUGCGGGCAGCUCUGUCUGGCAGGACUUUUAAUGCUGCCAUGGCCACUUUCCAGAUUCUGCAGGAGCAGCAAGACCAGGGCCAAACCCUGACCAGCCUGGUGAGGCGCCCCCUUCCUGGUCCUCCACCUUGUCCCUCGCCUGUGCACCCAUCCUGUCAAAAUGUGCCCUUCAAGAGAGCCAGUGCUCCUGUGCGCCACCCUGCUGCUGGCCUGCCUGCUGAGCAGCAGCGGGAGAAGGGUGGCAGGAAGGAUGGCAGGUCUGUGACUCUCUCCUGCCUCCUCUGGAGCCCCAGCAUAACUGUCACAGAUGGGGAGACUGAGGGCAGCCAGCCUCCCCCUGCUCCAGCAGCAGCAACAAGGUCCCUCCCCAUGGGCCAACCCAGGGAACUGACCUGCCUGGCCCCUGAGCAGGAGAAGCAUGUGGGCAGCAGGGCUGAUUCUCUCCCCCACAUCCUAUAUAAUACGUGGACAUGGGGCACAAAGGGGGAGAGGGAUAUCAGCUCGGCUGCACCACAUCUAGAAACCUCUGCUCAGGAGUGGAAGGACCCUGGGGAGACAGAGGAGAGAAGUGAGCCGGCCUCCAAACCAACUGCAGCAGAAACACCCACCAGGGGCACAGAGGCAGCAAUGGGGUGCAGCGCCCCUCCUUCCUCGGAUUCUGCAGGUGCAGAAACUUCCACAAAUGGGAGAGGCAGGCAUUGGACGAGGCUAAAGAAGUGUAUUACUAAUUGUUUGAGAAAAAUGUGCUGCUGCUGUUUUCCUGGUUGA